UUUACAUAACUAUUAUCCCAUUGGUAUCGGUUCUAAUAAUGAGUUUAUAACACGAAAACUGAACCAUGGAUUUAAAUGAAACUAAUGCAAUAUUUCUAGAAUUUUGUGGAGGAGAAUAUUUUUGGGAUCCAGUAACGAUCGACACAGCAACUCCGCAGUUCUCAACAUGUUUCCUGAAUACUAUUAUAACGUGGAUACCAUGUGGAUAUCUGUGGAUUGCGAUCCCUUUCUUUAUGCUGUAUGUACGACAAAAAACAAAAGGGAGUCCGCUACCAGUGUCGCCCUUGAACAUUAUCAAAGGGGUUGUUUCAUUCAUAUUAAGCUGUCUGACAAUGGUAAUAUUAAUUUUACAAGAGCAUAAUGGUACGGCAUGUCUGGCAGAAUCUGAGAUCACCACAGCGGGAUAUGUCGCCACUGCUCUCAAAUUUUCUACUUUUUGGCUUUCUAUACUUCUACAACAAUAUCAGCGACGGAAGGGAGUUAAAACGUCAGCAGUGCCGUUUGUUUUCUGGUUUUUGAUGUUACUAACGGAAGGUCUGGCAACCUAUACACGCGCCAUGAGAACGGGCUACUGUGAAGAAGAUACGGUUUUCUACAUAUACUUCGUUUUUAUCGCAAUACAAUUGGUCUUGCAUAGUUUUGCCGAAUUGAACCGCCCUAGAGGAUACAAGAAUUUGGACGACGAGGACACUUGGGCGGAGGAGGACGCUUCUGUCCUAAAUAGGAUACUUUACCAUUGGUUCACAUCUAUUGUAUGGAACGUACACAAGAAACGAUUUGUUCCUGAACAUUUUUGGUCUCAAUCUCCUCGGUUUAAAUGUGACACACUGGCACCACUGAUGGAAGAGGCUUGGAAAAUUGAAGUAGAUAAAUGCAACAAAAUAAGACGAGGCCGUGAUUCAGGGAACAAACUCCUCGACACUUCCGUUGCCUAUACAGCAAAGAAAGAAAGAACUCAUUUUUCAGAAAAAUCACCCAUCCUCAAUGGUGUAACCGCACGACAAAAACAAGGUUUUAACUUUUAUAUAUGGUUGCUGAUUUGUGCCAUGCCAUUUAUCAUUACAAUAGCGGAAGACAAGAGUUCGGCACCGGAAUGGCAAGGUUACUUCUUCUGUUGUAUGUUGUUUGUGACGUUAUGUAUUAGCUCUUGUUUCUACCAUCUAUCCUACCAUCAUGUCCAAGGUGUUGGUCUGAAAGCGCUGACAAUGAAAAGGAAUGGCAAUCAGUCGUCAACUGUUGGAGAAAUUGUAAAUCUGAUGUCCGUAGAUGUCAGAGAGUUUCAGACUUCGUUAACGUUCUCGUUUGGAUCCCCUGGUAUUGCCAGUGUCGGUGGCAUAGGGAUAAUAUUGUUGAUGUUACCACUGGUCGGUUAUCUUGCGACAGUACAAUUCAAACUACAAAAAGAAAUGUUAUACCUGAAGGGAAAAAGAAUCAAAAUAUUGAAUGAGGUCAUUAGUGGGAUAAAGGUAUUAAAGAUGUAUGCGUGGGAAUUGUCGUUCAUGAAGAAAAUACAGAACAUAAGAAACCAGGAGCUUGACAGAUUGAUGCAUUAUGCUCGCCUAACAACCACAACAGUCGUGUUUGCUAUUCACAGUCCUUUUAUGAUUUUGUUCACACUUGUGUUAAUCCACGUGCUCGACUCACCAACUCACACUCUGAGGGCGGAGGAAACAUUCACGGCGAUUUCAUUAAUUAACAUCAUUAAGUUCCCAAUAACUAUAUGUCCAUUUCUAGUAAACGGAUGCGUACAGGCAAGCGUUUCAAUCAAACGAAUAACGGAAUUUCUUUGUCAGGAAGAUCUGCAACAAAAUUCUAUCCAUAUUGAGGAUAAAAAUUCAAGUAAAUAUGCUGUAAGUGUGAAACGUGGAACCUUCACGUGGGACAGAAGCACACCUUUGGCGACAUUGAAUGGCAUUGACUUGCAAAUCAAGAAAGGAGAGCUUAUAGCAGUGGUUGGCCCUGUCGGUUCAGGAAAGUCCUCACUACUAGCAGCGUGUAUGGGAGAAAUGGAAACUAUUUCUGGUGAUAUAAGUCUAAAUGGUUCGGUAGCGUAUGUACCUCAGGAGGCGUGGAUACAGAACAUGACACUUCGAGACAACAUCCUGUUUGGGCGGGACUAUCAGGAAUCUAAAUAUAGAACUGUCAUUGAGAAAUGCGCGCUACUUCCGGAUCUCCAAAUACUCACAGGCGGAGAUAUGACCGAAAUUGGAGAAAAGGGAAUUAACAUAAGUGGCGGACAGAAACAAAGGGUGAAUCUUGCUCGAUCUGUAUAUAACAACGCCGACAUAUACUUCCUGGACGACCCACUCAGUGCCGUAGACUCGCACGUAGGCAAGCAUUUGUUCCAAAAGGUCAUCGGGAACGAAGGCUUACUGAAGAACAAGACACGGUUACUUGUGACGCACGGGGUUCACUGGUUGCCGAUGAUGGACCGUAUCAUUGUGAUGAGAGAUGGUAAAAUAGUAGAGAUCGGCUCGUACAGUGAGCUUAUGAAUGAUGGGGGCGCUUUUGCUGAAUUCAUAGAGACAUAUUUACAGGAGUGUAAUGAUGACGAUGACGAGGAUCCAGAAAUUAUUCAGCUACGACAACAAAUCCAGGCAGAAAUAGAUCUUAAAUCUGAUGGUGGGAUAACGUCAGAGGAAGAGGGUAAAACUCAAUCAGGAUAUAGAAAAAUCAAGAAAUCUAACAGAACGAGUAUCUCUAUACAGAGGAGUGGAAGGUCAGUCGGUAAGAAAAUGUCGACAGAAAUAAAGAAAUCAGAACAAGCUGGUCAAGAUAGCAACAGGCUGACUUUAGACGAGACUUCAGAGGAAGGGACAAUAAAUCCCGCCGUUUUACUUCAUUUUCUACGGGCCAUGGGCUUGCCGGCCGUUAUAGCUGUGGUAGUCACGAUGUCACUAUUUCAAGGGUUGAAUGUAUAUUCCAACUUUUGGCUCACGUUUUGGACAGAGAAUGCAAUUUUACUGAACACAAGCCUAUCAGGGUCCCAGGAGUACGAAGAUACUUUUCUAUUCUAUCUUCUUGGCUUUGCCCUACAGGGUGUUUUACAAGGCAUUUUUGUUUAUAUAUCUUUCUACCUGGCAUUAACGCGGAUGGUUCGAGCCUCGGGUAAACUCCACGACUCCAUGUUAAGUAGUAUCCUCCACUCACCGAUGUCGUUUUUCGAUACCACUCCCAUUGGACGAAUCAUGAACAGUAGCGUACAAAAUCGAAAGAAUGGUGCAGAAAAAAAUCUAGAUAAACUAGAUUGGCACAUCAGCGAAAUGACAGACGAUACAACUUACAAGAUACUACAAAGUAAGCUGUAUGAACUAUUUCAGAGGUUUUAUCUUCCAACAGCACGACAGAUGAGAAGAACAGAGUCUGUUAAACGAUCACCUGUUUAUAACCACUUCAGUGAGACGAUUACUGGUGCCAGUGUAAUACGAGCAUAUAGAUGUCCGGAACGAUUUGUGCAGGAAUCAAGACAACGCAUUGAUGAAAAUAUCAAAUUUUAUUACGCCGCAAUUUCUGGCGCAAGAUGGGUAGGAUGGCGACUUGAAUUGAUGGGAAAUUUCGUGGCGUUCUUGGCGGCAUUGUUUGCCCUAGUUUCCUAUGAUUUAAACGGCGCGCAAGUUGGGAUGUCGGUCACCUAUGCUGUGCAACUUACAAUAACAUUGAACUUUGGAGUGUUUGCAAUCAGUGAGAUGGAGAUGAACAUCAUAUCAGCUGAACGUGUCACUGAAUAUACAACCCUACCACCCGAGGUAUGUACAAAAUUUACCACCUUACCACCCGAGGUGGGGAUAGUAGGUAGAACGGGAGCCGGGAAAUCUUCGCUGGCACUCGCUCUUUUCCGGCUUAUAGAAUCGGCGGACGGUGCUAUAGUGAUCGAUGGUGUAGAUAUAUCAACACUGGGUCUUCAUGAACUGAGACAGAAACUAACUAUACUUCCACAGGACCCAUGAUGCCUAUUUUCCGGAUCGUUUAGGAACAAUUUAGAUCCAUUCAACCACUAUAACGAUGAGAGUAUAUGGUUCGCCAUCGAGUGUGCGCAUCUAAAGGAGUUUGUUAUGAGCCAGGAGGCGAGGCUGGAGUUUGAAUGCGGCGAAUCCGGACAAAACUUAAGUGUCGGACAGAGACAAUUAGUUUGUUUAGCACGAACACUCUUACACAAAACAAAGAUUCUCAUACUAGACGAGGCAACUGCAGCUGUUGAUAUGGAGACAGAUGAUCUCAUUCAAGAAACCAUCCGUAAACAAUUCAGUGAGUGUACAAUAUUAGCAGUUGCUCAUAGACUUAGUACAGUGAUGGAUUAUGACAGGAUUAUGGUCCUGGACAAAGGUAAACUGGCGGAGUUCGAUACACCCGCAUUCCUGUUAGAUAACACGGAAAGCAUAUUCUAUGGAAUGGCGAAAGACGCCGGCAUUGUGUGACGUCAUACGUGUCGAUCAGGAAAUGUGUGACGUAAUGUAUUCCAAACAAACAAGGACGCUUGCUAGUGUCGUUAUUCUCAGGCAGUUAUUCAUUCUAUCUAUUCAAGAUGACACAUCCAACUUUUACUUUAUUAUUUUAAAACGAGAUACGAAUAUUCCACGCUGAUUAAACAUAGUACUCUUUUUUUUAAUCUGCACGUUUGUAACGUCGCUUUUCAUUGGAUAAUCUUGAUAUUUAUAUAAAAUAUUUUUAAUAUGUGAAACUUACAGAUGAACGUUAAUUUAAGAAUAAAAAUUGAAAUGCA